AUGCCUCCCAUAGUUGGUGGUGCGCCUCCUCUGAGGGAGGUCCGAGCGCUGCAGUUCGGUAUACUCAGCCCAGAUGAGAUUAAAGAAUUAUCCGUCACUGCAGAUGGUGGAAUCAAGUAUGCAGAGACCAUGGAAGGAGGGAAACCAAAACUUGGUGGGUUGAUGGAUCCUCGUCAGGGUUGUGUAGAUCGUAGCUCUAUCUGUCAAACAUGUAGUGGCAGUGUAUCAUCUUGCCCAGGACAUUUUGGUCACGUGGAACUUGCGAAACCCGUCUUCCACAUUGGCUUCCUUAAAAAAACUAUGAAGGUCCUACGCUGUGUCUGUUUCUAUUGUUCAAAGAUUCUAGUUGAUGUGCAGUCGUCAAGGAUCCAAGAAAUACUACGCAAAACAAAAGGCGAUAAUAGACGAAGAAUGUCUUUUAUGUAUGAAGAGUGCAAAACACGAUCUGAAUGUAUAUCUAAUGAUGAUCAAGUCCAAAGCGAAAAUGAUGUCAGCCUCAGUAGUAAAGUAAAACGCUCUGGUUGUGGACGUUAUCAACCUCGUUUUCGUCGUAAUGGACUUGAGCUUACUGCUGAAUGGAAAAAAGUAAACGAGGAAUCACAAGAACGGAAGAUUAAUUUGACUGCUGAACGCGUAUUAGAAGUUUUUAAGCGUAUGUCAGAUGAAGAUUGCUUAUCUCUCGGGUUUGAUCCACGUUAUGCACGACCUGAUUGGAUGAUUGCAACUGUUCUGCCAGUCCCUCCUCUGUGUGUCCGUCCUGCCGUUGUGAUGUAUGGAGCCACUCGUAAUCAAGACGAUUUAACACACAAGCUUGCUGAUAUUAUAAAGGCGAACAAUCAGCUUCGUCGAGACGAACAAAAUGGUGCAGCAGCCCAUAUAAUUGCUGAAGACAUCAAAAUGCUACAGUUCCAUGUCACAACCAUGGUUGAUAAUGAAGUUCCCGGGUUACCUAAGGCGAUUCAGAAGUCUGGACGCCCACUGAAGUCUAUCAAACAACGACUCAAAGGUAAAGCUGGUCGUAUUCGAGGUAAUCUUAUGGGAAAGCGUGUUGACUUCUCAGCUCGUACUGUUAUCACAGCCGACCCCAAUCUCAAUUUAGAUCAAGUAGGCGUCCCACGAACAAUAGCUCAAAAUCUAACUUAUCCUGAGGUAGUUACUCAAUUUAACAUAGAUCACUUGCAAAAGCUAGUACAGAAUGGAACCCUUUAUCCUGGUGCUAAGUUUAUAGUACGUGAGAAUGGAGAUCGUAUAGAUUUACGAUAUCAUCCUAAAGUUUCAGACCUAACACUUCAGGUUGGUUACAUUGUUGAGCGGCAUAUGUUAAAUGAUGACUUUGUGAUAUUCAAUCGUCAACCAACGCUUCAUAAAAUGUCUAUGAUGUGUCAUCGUGUUAAAGUCUUGCCUUGGUCUACGUUUCGUUUAAAUCUAUCUGUUACUUCACCUUAUAAUGCUGAUUUCGAUGGCGAUGAAAUGAACUUACAUCUCCCACAAUCUGUUGAAACGAAAGCGGAAAUAAGUCAGCUAGCCCGUGUUUCACGUUUAGUGAUCACACCACAAGCUAAUAAACCUGUUAUGGGUAUUGUCCAGGAUACGCUAACUGCAGUAAAUAAGAUGACGCAGCGUGAUGUCUUUUUAAAUCGGUCUGAAAUGAUGAACUUAUUAAUGUACUUACCAACUUGGAAUGGUCGUAUGCCUAAACCAGCAAUUUACAAACCUCAACGUCUAUGGACUGGAAAGCAGUUAUUUAGCCUCGUCAUACCUGGUCGAGUCAAUUGUAUUCGUACACAUAGUACUCAUCCAGAAGAAGAAGAUAUUGGCCCUUAUAAAUGGAUAUCUCCUGGUGAUACUAAAGUUAUUGUUGAUGACGGAGAUUUAAUCUCAGGUAUUUUAUGCAAAAAAACACUAGGUUCUGGUGCAGGCUCUUUAAUUCAUAUCGUUGCAUUGGAGCAUCAUCAUGAUCAAGUUAACAUGUUUUUCAAUAACAUCCAAACAGUGGUUAACAAUUGGCUUCUUAUAGAAGGACAUACAAUUGGUAUUGCUGAUACAUUAUAUGAUCAGGCAACUCGUCGCCAAAUUAGUGGUACAAUUACCAAAGCAAAAGACGCUGUAUUCGAAAUUAUUGAUCAGGCUCAUAAUUACGACUUACAACCAACACCAGGCAAUACACUUCGACAAACUUUCGAAAACAGCGUUAAUAAAAUUCUUAAUGAUGCUCGUGAUAAAACUGGUAGCUGUGCUCAGCGCUCUCUAUCUAAGUACAACAAUUUCAAUAUUAUGGUCGUCGCUGGUUCCAAAGGUUCUCGUAUUAAUAUUUCUCAAGUCAUCGCUUGUGUGGGUCAACAAAACGUUGAAGGUAAAAGAAUUCCCUUCGGUUUUCGUCAUCGUACGCUACCACAUUUUAUCCAAGAUGAUUAUGGUCCUGAGUCUCGUGGCUUCGUUGAAAACUCCUACCUUGCUGGUUUAACGCCCACUGAAUUUUUUUUCCACGCUAUGGGUGGUCGAGAAGGCUUGAUAGACACUGCAGUCAAAACUGCCGAAACUGGGUACAUUCAACGUCGUCUAAUUAAAGCUAUGGAAUCAGUUAUGAUCAAAUACGAUGGGACUGUUAGGAAUCAAAUCAACCAGUUAAUUCAACUUAGAUAUGGUGAAGAUGGGCUGGAUGCAACCCAUGUGGAGUUUCAGCGUCUUCCAACAUUCAAACCUUCUAAUGCUGUUUUUGAACACGGUUUUCGGUUCGACAUUGGCAACGAAAGAGUUCUGAGACGAUGUAUGCCCGAGGAUGUUGUCCGCAGUUUGGCUACAGAUUCACAAACACAAUCGGAACUAGAGUCAGAAUGGCUGCAGUUGUGUUCUGAUAGAGAAAUACUUCGUUCUGUCAUCAAAAAAACGGAUGACUCAGUUGUUUUACCGUGUAACAUUAAUAGACUAGUGAUGAAUGCUCAAAAAAUUUUCGAAAUAGAUCCGCUUUCAAAAACAAAUAUCCAUCCCAGACAAGUUGUUGAAAUGGUUCGAGAGACUUCUGCUAGAGAUGCAGAACGAACAAAAGAUGUUGUUGCACGACUAGAGCAUACUACUUUACGUAAACUGGUCAACAGCACUUACAUAUAUUAUGACCCAGAUCCCCAAAAUACCGUCGUUGAAGAAGAUAGAGAAUGGGUAUCCACAUAUUACGAGUUACCAGAUUUUGAUGUUAGCGCAAUUAGCUCUUGGAUGCUUCGCAUUGAGUUCACUAGAAAAGAUGAUAAUUUAAAGCUGGUCAUGAGAAUUCGUAUUAUGAAUAGUGACUUGGAAAAAGAUUUUAAGGAUGCUGAUACCACCUCUGAUAAAAUGGAAGAUGAUACAUUUCUUCGUUUUAUUGAAGCAAAUUUAUUAACUGAUAUUACUCUCCAGGGAAUACCUCAGAUCACAAAAGUGUACAUGCAUCUACCUAAAACGCAAGAUAAAAAGCGUGUGGUUAUCAAAGAUGAUGGAAGCUUUGAUACGGUUGCAGAGUGGAUGUUAGAAACUGACGGCACUUGUCUGAUGAGAGUUCUUGCUGAACGAGAUGUAGAUCCGGUACGCACAGUCAGCAAUGAUAUUGUAGAAAUUUUCGAAGCUCUUGGAAUUGAAGCUGUGCGUAAAGCAAUAGAAUGUGAGAUGCAUCAUGUCAUUUCUUUUGAUGGCUCGUAUGUCAAUUAUCGUCAUCUGGCGUUAUUGUGUGAUAUUAUGACUGUCAAAGGACAUCUCAUGGCUAUUACUCGGCAUGGUCUUAACCGUUUGGAUACGGGAGCUUUGGCUCGUUGUAGUUUUGAAGAAACAGUUGACAUACUUAUGGAAGCUGCUAUCCAUUCUGAGUGUGAUCCAAUGGCUGGUGUCUCAGAAACUAUUAUGCUCGGUCAACUGGCUAGAAUUGGGACAGGUUCUUUUGAUUUGCUUUUGGAUUCAGCCAAGUGUCAGGAAGCGCAACCUAUACCACUCGGUGGUGUCUUGGGAAUGGGUUUGUUCAAUGCACCAGGUUUCGAGGGUCUUGCUGCACUUGCUUCACCUGGAUUGGGCUUGACUAUGAAUGCAGAUGGAAUACCUGUACUUGGGGAUAGUGGUUAUCAUACACCAUGGGAUAACGCCCAUUCUCCUGUUGGUUCUGUGGAUUCUCCAAGUUACCGUGGAGGCCUUGGCGGCGCUACAGCUCCACAUAAUGCUAUGUUCUCCCGGCCAUGCUUAGACAGUCCUCGUACUCCGGAAGCAUUUUCACCAGCUGCAUAUGUUGGGUUCAGUAGUCCUAUGUCUUUUAUGGGUACUCCACAAACGGAAUUGGGUUCACCUGGCUCUAGUCCUGGACAUUCUGGGAGCCUCAGUAGUGGUUCUUUUGGGUAUGGAGGUCCUGGAAGUCUUCGUGCCGAUAUAUUUUCACCCAUACAUAAACCAUCCUACGCUGGCACAGGCAGCAGUUCAAGUUUCAGUGCUAGUGGGGAUAGCAACUCACCAACGUUCUCAUUACAACAAUCCUAUGAACCUAUGUCUGUCGGAUACACUCAACGUUCUCCACACCAUCCCAGUUUUUCAGGAUAUGGAAUGAUAUCUAGUGGGUCUCUUGGUCCGUCCAGCGAUUCACCCGAUAGCAUAAAUUAUUCUUAUAGCCCGAACAGUCCAAUGCCUACAGGUGGGGGUAGUUCAAUGAGUCGAGAUUUCAGCGGUUGGGGCGUUUUGCCUGGCUCAGAAACUCCUGGAGUCUCUCCAAGUUCACCUUCACCCGGUAUGAGCGCAAGCAGUUUAAGUGGUAGCAGACCAUCUUUUUAUCCAAAUAGUCAACCUGCUUCACCACUAUCAUUUAAUGCUUCUCCUUCUGCCCCUCGUUACAGUCCUCCGACGUUAGCUGGAAGUUCCUCAGUGGAAAGUUAUUCUCCACAGAUGACUACCCCCAGUUCUCCGGGUGGUGCUCCAAGUGGAACUUUGGGAGGACCAAGUAAUUCUCCACUUUCUUAUCCAACUACUCCAAACUAUCCUAUGUCUCAUGGUUUAAGUACUGGAACUGGCCUGGGAUCUUCAAGUCUUCUGGGCUAUUCAGGUACUGGUUUCUCUGGAUCCACCCUUGGCACCUCAGCAUAUAGCCCAUCAACUUUCCAUACUCCUUCAUCACACUACUUUAUGACCACUCCUCGGCCAGGUUCACCAUCUCCCAGUCCACGAGAGUAUUAUCCAACUCCUGAUACACGGCGAUAA